GGAUUUGAGGCGUGUAAAUUGAGGAGAAGCCCUUAUUUUAGCCGAUCCAUUGUUGGCAACGAUCCCUACAACCGCCGCUGUCGCCGCCGCCGCCGCCUCCAUCCAUCUCUCCUCUUCCUCUGCUCCGACGCCACUGCUUAGGAGUCAAGGAAAGCCCUUCCAUGGCGGAAGUUGCUCCGGAGAAGCCUCCCACUCUAGCCGAGGAGAAUACUGCCGAUGCCAGUUUAGGGGAAAUCAUUGCGGGAAACACUAGUGAAACUGCUGUCCCUGAAUUUGCUGAGCAGAAGGCAGAUGAAACCCUUGCCGCUGAGGAAGUCAGUGCUACUGAAAACACCACUAAUGAGACUACACAGGAACAAGAUGCCGAAGAACCAGAGAUAAAGAUUGAGACAGCACCUGCUGAUUUCCGCUUCCCCACUACAAAUCAAACAAGGCAUUGCUUUACUCGCUAUAUUGAAUAUCACAGGUGCGUCACUGCCAAGGGAGAAGAUGCUCCUGAAUGCAAUAAAUUUGCCAAAUACUAUCGAUCACUAUGCCCAAGUGAAUGGGUAGAACGAUGGAAUGAACAACGAGCAAAUGGCACCUUCCCUGGCCCUCUGUGAACUGGGUUCAUAGAUUCUGCGACAAGAGGCUUUUAUUAUGGAGGAUGUUGAUCGAUAAUGAUAUGGACUCAUGAAUUGUUAAAAUUUGUGUUCUAAUAAUUCGGCCAAAACUCACUUUCCUCAAGGAGCGCAGUUGUUCGUCUAGAUGAUAACUUUGUAUCAUUUAUUUCUCGAUAAUAAUAAUCUCUUGAUGACAAUCUAUGUAUCAUUUGGACUAUAUUCUGUUUUGAUAUUGUUCAAGUCUUGAGUUGAA